AUGGGAGCUGGUAUGAGAGCACCCGACAACUACUGGCAGAAGUUUGCCACGACACAUCCAGAAGUACUGCUUGUGGUGGGUGAUGCCAUGCCCAAUCAACUUGAGUUACUUGAUAGGCAGUUCUGUGAUGGAUUGGUGGGACAGCUUCCAUAUAAGAUGGGUGUCCUGAGCAUUGAAACACUGCUCAAGUUCUCAGAAGAUCCAAACUAUGAAACAGAUGAAUUCAUUGGAACCAAUGUAUUGGAACACUUGUUGAUUCCUCUCAUUUUGCCAGAACAUGUGGUCGACCAUAACUUGGUGGGCCAACUUCGCUAUGUGGGGUACACCUUGUUUGCUAUUGUGGCCAUCUUGGCCCUGGGAUUUUCUACUUGGACAUGGGUACAUCGCAAUGUGAGAGUAGUCAUGGUGUCACAGCCAAAAUUCCUUGUAAUGGUUGCACUUGGGGUUCUCAUCAUGAUCUCUGCAGUCUUGCCAAUGGGGUUUGAUGACUACUAUGAAACCAACAACGAGAGUAAAGAGUAUACCAAUGGCAGUGAUGAAAGCAGAAGUCGCCGUGGUGUUGCCAUGUGCAUGACUCCUGUUUGGUUGUUGACACUUGGAUUCUCCUUGAUAUUCUCUUCACUGGUUUCCAAAAUCUACCGAGUACACAAGCUCUUCCAGAGGGCCACAAGGUUCUCCCACUUGCCCACCAGAGAGUGGGAUUCCCUGAUUCCACUCAUUGCUCUGCUUGUGGCCAACUGCACUAUCCUCAUUUCGUGGACUGUGAUGGACCCUCUUCGGUAUGUGCGAGUUGAGCAUGAUGGAACGGAUGGGUGGGAUCAACCUGUCAGCACAUAUGGCAUGUGCCAGUGUAACAAUACAGUUGCCUUUCUGGUGUCACUGUGUAUUGUGAAUGGAUUGGUUCUGGUCUUUGCCAACUGGGUUGCCUACAAGGCGCGGUCCAUUAAUGAGGAGUUUGCUGAGAGCAAGUACAUUGCUGUUGCCAUGGCCAGUAUGUUGCAGGCAUUCCUUAGUGGAGUUCCCAUAUUGGUUGUGGUGCAAGAAUCUCCUCAAGCAUUUUACAUGGUUUCAGUCUUCAUGAUCUUCAUCACAUGUUCUGUCAUCCUUCUCCUGAUCUUUGUCCCAAAGAUUGUACUCUACCAGCACUUCUCCAAUCAACCAGAACAUGUCCAAAGAGACCAGCUUGCAAAAUCUGCCUUGACCUCUGUAGCACAAAAGAAACCCCGUACCAGUUUGAAACCACAGGAUGGACCACCAGCACUCUUAUCCGGGGAAGAUUCCUUCUCCAACCGUCCACAUGAAACAGCAGUAGUGUUGCCUUCAUGCUCCCAACAGACACACAACACUACUGGAAAUCUGGCCGAUGCUGUUUCGGAACAAGCCUUGAGUCUUGUGUCAUCAACGAGUCAAAAGAAAACGGCCCGUUUCUCAGAAGAGACAAUCCAGGCUGACUUGGAGAAAAGACCCACAGAUGUCUUGAGGAGUGUCAGUCAAAAUACAGAUUCUUGGGGUGGGGCAAGCUUGUCUGGGUGUGAGUCACUCACUGCACUUCCAACGAUAUCAAAGAGGCCAGUGGAUGUAAUGAAGGGGGCGACUUCUUGGGGUGGAGCAAACCUUUCAAUGGUCAUGACAGAUGACUCCACCAGCAAUCGUGCAGGAGAAGAUUUCAAAGAUGAAGCAGACUUCCUAACUGAGCCAGAAUCUGAUGAUUUCGUGGAAGCAUACACUAUCCCAGAAGGUUCUGAGGAUGAAGAGGUGGGAAUCAAAGAGAACUUGGAUAGAGAAGCUGAGUGA